AGGAAACGAAAUGAUAACAAGAAGCAACAUCAUCGUAAAAUAUUACAAAUUAUGGCAGCUAAAAAUGAUGAUGAUGCUCAGGAUAUCCUUGGAGCCUGUCUAGGUAUUUUGGUGGAGGAGGCAGACCCUGUCAUUCUCAGGACCACUCUACAAACCUUGCUCAAGUUGAUGAAAAAUGCUGCUGAGAAUCCGUCUGAGGAGAAGUUCCAUCAUGUACGGAAGGAAAAUAAAGCAUUCAGUAAUAAAGUGUGGAGAUAUGCAGGUGCUCAGCAGUUUAUGUUGGCGGCAGGAUGGGCUGAGGCAGAUGAUGCUGUAGUGUUGACAGAUUCUGAGAGGUUAAAAUGUGCCAUUCAACUACUUGAAGCAAAAAUUCUACAGUACACAGAGCAGUCGGCUGAACCCAUUGGGAGUAAAAACAAACCAUUGGCAUCACCUAUUCAGGCAAACAAACCACAGUCUGGCUGGUCAGACAGAGAGCUUACUGAAAAAGAAAAGCAAAUUGCUGCUGAAAGAAAAAGACAACAGGCUCAGUUGAAGAGAGAAAAAGAAGAAAGGAAAAGAAUUAGUGAACAGGUAGAUAUCAUGAUUUAA